UACCCAACACAAGGGUUUUAGGUGCUUAAACCCUAAACCCCUAAUCAUCCUUCCAGUUUCUUUUUCAUCAAUUUAUGUAAUCUCCAAACACUAAUUCUGCCUCUGUAAUGGAAGACGCCGACGAUGAUUUCGGCGAUUUAUACGCCGAUAUCGAAGUUCCGGCGAGUUUGGCGAUCAGUGGUGUAUCAGACAUUUCUCAAUCGCACGCAAAGCAACAUCAACAAUAUCAGCAUAACAAUGGGGUGGUGGGGGUGGAUGAGAGGAGAGAGGAUGAUUCCGAACUUGGAGGAGGUGAAAAGGAUCCCGAUACGGGUAAUAACGGGGUUAAUGAGGUGGGAGGGGAAAAUGCGAGUGACAGUAGUGAUAGUGAUAGCGAUGAUGAUUUUGAGGUGGUUGUCAACGACGAGGAUUUUGGGGCAAAAAAUGGUGGUGGAGAUGGAACGAGGUCUGGCGAGGAGGUGGCGGAGGAUAUGGAGGCUGAGUUGGUUGCUGAGGUUGCGGAGGGGAACUUACCGGGAAAGAAUCAAAUGCAGGGUGAUGUCAAUGGAUUGGAGCAGAAUGUUGGUGGUGGUGGUGGUGGUGUAGGGAGAGGAAAUGUAGGGAAGAAUGCCUGCAAUUCGCAACACAAGUAUCUAAGAAAAAAUAGCUCGGCCUUUGCUGGAAAUCAACGAGCUACAAGCUCGUGGGAACUGAACAGAGAGGAUGCUUGGUGUGGUCAACCUAGAAUGUCAGGCGUUGUUCCGAAUUUGGCUGGCAAUGGACAUUUCUCGCUUCCGUGGUAUAGGACUAUUGUCGAUGUUGACAUUGAUACAUUUGCCCAGAAGUCUUGGACACAUCCUGGAGCUGAUAUAACAGACUACUUUAAUUUCGGUUUUAAUGAGGAAAGUUGGAGAAACUUUUGUUGGUCACUGGAUCAAUUACGCCGACAAACGCUCGGUCAGUCAAGGAGCCAAGUUGAUGAGUGCUUGAAGCUGGAAACAGAAGCUGGAGAUACUAAGAAACUAGAGACUGAAGGAUAUGUUGAUGCAGAGAACCCUGGUGGGCUCAGAAAAAUAACUUCUCAUGAGUCAGAUUUUGCUACAAGGCAGUUCAAAAAGCAAAUUGGUCAAGCCAUCUGUGUAAAAGAUAGCAAUAUUGAGCGUCAGCCGUCUAUGGGUACAAGGCAUCCACGUUAUCAUGAUUCUGACGUUGUUAUACAGAUAACUGUGCAAGAUCCAGAAGAACCCUCUAGUUCUGGCAAUAGGGAGACAGAGAAUACUCUUGAAACUCAAUGUGUAAUGUCUGAAAAAGGCCAUGGGAUUGUUGAAGCUGAGGAAUCUGAUGGCUCCAAAGCAUAUGAAAUGGGAAAAAAUUCGGCGGAGGAAAACUUUCGAAGUUCGAGUUUGUCGUCUGAUUACAAAAGAUCAUACAAGUCUGCAGCAGUAUCCAGUCAUAUGCUUCAGGAUUCUAACGGCCCAGGAAAAGAUCAGAACUCAGAGUUGGACAUCCAACCUUCUGAAGAAGCAAAUACUUCUUCUGGAGAAAAUCUGAGAGCUAGCAAAACAUUCAAUAGCUCAAUGGAGGAUGUUGAUAAUGGUAGCAAUACCGCUGACACAAACCCAUGUGUGGCAGGAAUAGACUUGUCAUUUGAUGAUCAUGGGUGCACUAGCCUUUCUCCAUCUUAUUCUAAUAAUGCCUGGCAUGAGGCAUCAAAAGAGGAUGAUCAUUGUGAUUCAAGGAGAAAUCGAGAUUUGAGAAGAUCACCAUUGGAUUCCAAAAAGAAAAGCCACCAAGUGGAAAAAGUUGAUUAUCAUCGCUCGAGGAACAAAAGGGAUGAUAAGAAAGUGAAAGAAAGUGGUGGUAGGUAUCAUAUCAGAGUCAGAAAUUCCACUGAAGAAGACCUGAAGCACAAUGACCGGAGGGUUCGGAGAAAUUUGUAUUCGGAGAGCCACAGUGGUAAAGAUAAUGAAAACCGGAUUGGCACUGCAGACCGUAAAUACGGCGUGGUUCGCUCAAGGGCGGAGCAUCGUAGAAGUGAUGAAUGGUGCCUUACCUCUGCUUCUGAUGAUGAAUAUUGGUGUAGUUAUAGGGAGAAUGAAUCCUCCUUUGGCUGUUAUGAUAAAAGAUUGACUGAAAACAGAUUCCAAGAAAAAGGCAAAAGAAAAUUUGAUCGACGAGAUCAUUGGGGAUCAAGAGGUGAAGUGGAUUUGAAUUCUCAAAGAGAGUGGGAUGAAGAGCAAUGGUUUUCUGACAGAAGAAUGAGGAGAAUGAGGAGAAUGAGAGGUGUAAUUGUUCAAAACGAUUGGCAUCUUCAGGAAAGAGAAUGUUUAAUCAGGGAUGAAAAACCUUCUUUUCGUAACCAGCAGCACUUACUGUCAGAGUUUUCUUCUUCCCAUGAAUUUAAUUUGUUUGAACAACAAAGGGAAUAUGACGAGCCCCACUUUGAUGGAAAAAGUAAACAUUACCGGUCAUUACAAUACAGAUAUUCUGAUGGAACUGAGCACAAUAGAUAUAUGAGGUCCAGUCCCUUGGAUGAUAGGCAAAGCAAGUAUUUAGAUUCGGAGAUUAGACAUGAAAGACACAGAUGGCAUCCUGGAGUAGAAGUAGCAACAUCUGGCAGAGAGGAUGAAUAUUUUGAAAGUCCAUUUGAUGUGGAUUAUCCGCGAUAUCAUGAUGUUGAUGAAUGUAGGAAUGGAAAAACUUCCACAUCUACUCACGACUAUCAAGAUGAAUUUCGUACUUAUGGUGAAAGAAGACAUCACCACAUCCUCUGUAGAGAUGAUAUGGAUGAUCCUCAAAUGUAUCAGAGAUAUGAAAGGCAUAGUAGGUCUGUUUUGGCCGACAAGGGCACAGAUAGUAGGCAGAUUUAUGAUCACAGUGAUUUUUACAAUAGACAGGAAGCUGCCAAAUAUCUUGAUGAGGAUGACUAUGUCGAGGAAAGGCAAAAUGCUUUCCAGUCUAAGGGUUGUAGUGGGGCAGAAGAUACACUUUUUGAUGAACGUUUUGAUGAUGAUCUUUGCGGUGUUAACAUUGAUUCUUUUGAAGUUAUUCCAAGACAUAAAUGGCACGGGGUUAUGCAUAAUAAUGUGCCUGGUAGAAUGACUAUGCAUUCACAGAUGAUGAAAGGUAGACUUGCAGUUGCAAGUGAUGUAGGCGGUAAAUAUUAUUCCAAGAUGUCAACAAAAGGUAAACACGAGGAGAACGGGCUAUGGGGCAGGAAUUCGUUGGAAAUGCACAAUACUGUUAGGAAAAGAAAGUCAACUGGAGUGUUUUCAAAAGCUGGAAGAAGUCUACCAAAUGAUGAUGCUUGUGUACAUGUUGCCGGGAGGUUCCAGAAGCAGUGCAAAAGGCAACAAGAAAUAUCUGAAGCUUUCCCUGAAAAUAAGAUGGAGAACAAAGCUGUAAAUACUGAAGCAUUGCCGGAUAAGCUACCUUUCAUAAACCACCAGGGCAAUGCUGCUGAUCUAGAAGACGGUCAAAUACCAACAGAACAACCCAAAACUGAAUUUGUCAAGGUAAAGAGAGACAUUAUGAAUGAAACAAUACCACAUAGUCAGAAACUUAAGAGUCAGAAUGGUGGAUGUGCAUAUGAUGAGAGUCGAAUACUUGAGACGAAGGCAAAGAUGGAGAAGAGAAGGGAGCGCUUUAAGGAGCCGUGUAAGGAACCCAUGCUUGUGAAAGAGGAUAAGGAUUGUGAUUCUAAACCUGAAGUUGAUAAAUUAGUUGAAACGACUGAAUCCAAGGGACUAAGGCCCGCCAGAAAAAGAAAAUGGGGUUGAAGACUUGAAGAUGAGGUACUGAUUUUCUCUCAUACUUUACAUGAUAAUAUUAGCAGGACAAUAAGAAUAAGGUUAUUCAUUUGCAAGUCACAAUUUCACAUUGAACAUAUUCUUGUGUAAAUUUUUGGCAGAAGUUGACAGAAAGGUUUUGAUUUAGGUUUCUAUUUAAUAAAUUUCAUUAGUAAUAAGUACUUGUUCUGCAUCAUUAUUUCCUGAUUACAUCUUGAUGGAGUUCAAUUUUAGAAGCUGCUUCGUGAUUUUGUUGGUGACA